CUUAGACUUUUACAAUAGUGUCGGCUUGGUAAAACUACACUUUACCUUGCCGACCACUUGUUUUUGUCGCAUAUACUUAUCUAAAUAAAUUUUAAUCACCAGAUUAUCGUCUCUGAUUUUUAAUAAUUACAAUGAUAUGAUAUUAUACCUAAUUUUAAUUGCCGUAUAAGCUAGACGUUGUAUAAAAUCAAAUAUUACGCUGUAGUGUAAUAGUCUGCAGUAGUUGUUGGCGAUAUGAACAAGAAGUAUACAGCCCUUUUGCUAGCCCUAUUGGUGGCAGCCGCAGAGGCCAACAGCUUGGCAAAUGCGAUUAAACCAAAGCUACUAAGUAACGAAAAAAACUGGGAUGGCCUGGGUCUGCACGCAGAUGUUAACGAUUAUGUCGAUAAAACUAUUCAUAUGAUAGUGCCAUUCAUGCGGGAAUAUGGUUUUGAUCCUAUGAGUUUGCCAGAUGUCGAAGAAGGUUUUGAAGUUAGGCCUGUGUUGAUUACAUACAGCGCAUGGCUAAGGAUCACCAAUGGAUACAUGACUGGUCUCGUGAACGUCGAACGGUCCGGCGACCAGAGGGUGCAAUACUUCGCCAAAAUGCUACGUGUCCGUGUACAACUCCAGUUUAGGGACUUAGAGUUCAUUUACAGAUAUUUGGUGAAAGUCAUGAGAAUCGGCCCAACGGGUGGUAUCAUUGGUUCCCUAAAUCGUUUCGUGGUGAUCUUCGAUGUACUCAUCGAUUUCAACAACGACGAAUUGCAUCUCCAACAGUUUUCACUCACCGAUAUAGGCCGUCUCCGUGUCCGCUUCACAGGAAACAUACUUACUGAUUGGCUGGUGAACCCUGUGAUUGGUGUGUUUACGAGAAUUUUCGACACGAUCAUCAUUCGUGUGGUGGAAAUCAACAUUCGUAACGGCAUACAGGACGCUCUCGACUUCAUCAACACUAAUGUCAGGAACAUAAUGCAAAAUCUUGAGUCGCAAGGUUUCAAUUAUAUGAUUAACUAUUGAAAGGCAUAGUAUGCAUCCAUAUGGUUUGUUUCGAGUUAAAGAUUUAUAUUAAUAAAAGUGUUAAAUCGCUCUGUUCUUUAUUGUAAUUACUUUAUGGUUUUAAUUCAAUU